AUGAACUCGUCUUCGCGAAAGAGGAGGGCGAGCCCCGAGCUCGUGUCCAACCCGUUCGUCAAGAAGCGGAACCUGGAGUGGUCCAUAUCACCGCCCCCUUUCCGGAACGCCGACCGUCGGGGAGAGGGUCGGACCAGCACGGAGGAAGGCUCUAAAACUUUCCAUCGGCAUGAGGUGUCUCAUCAUCCCCAUCAGGAGUCGAGCGUCGCCGCUGAUAACAGCACUCAAAAGCCGCUGGGCGGCCCCUCAGCCUCAGCGCUCGUCGAGAAUAACACGGUCAAGAUAACCGACCACCUUGCAUGGUUCUCCAACCUACUCGCAAAGGCCAUUGUUGAACCAUUCCCAGCGGGCCAACCCCACCUCACCAUCCCAGCGUAUCAGUCUCUCUACAACCGCUCAUUCCGGUCCCCAGCCGGCGCCCAUUUUGUCGUGACGCAGCACGAUCACCCGGUAGCCGGGCCUCACUACGAUCUAAGGCUGCAGAUUAAUGGAGACUCGUCGUGUAGUUGGGCGAUCAUGUACGGCCUCCCAGGAGAUCCAAACUCGCGUGGCCGUACGGGCCGGGCGGCCGGAGCCGGUGUGCUCCGCAACGCAACUGAGACGCGGGUCCACUGUCUAUGGAACCACCUGGUCGAGACCGCCGGCCUGCACACGGGCAGCCUCCUGGUGUGGGAUACGGGCUCGUACGAGGUCCUGCCGCCGCGGCGGAGCAAGUACGCGCCCGUGGAUUCCCAGGAGGGAGACUCGGACGGCAGCGAGAGGGAAAGCUGGGAUAAGCUUUCGCAGCAGGACAAGCUGGCCGCAGCCUUCUCCUCACGCAAGAUAAGGUUGCGACUGAACGGCUCGAGGCUGCCCCGGGGCUACGCCGUGAACCUGCGCCUGACUAAGGAUGAGGACGCGGCUGGGCGUGCGAAGGCGGCGAGGCCUGCGGGCGCGCGCAAGAGGAGGGGGAGAAAGGCGCCCCCGAAGAAGGCGCCGGAGACGAGCAGUGACGGCGAAGAUGACUCUGGCUCGGACAGACGGCCAGGUCGUGGCGACGGGGAGGAGGACUACAAUGACGGCUCGGGAGCUACGAGCAAGAAAGACGUGCAAGGCAUCUUGGAGAUGGAAAAGGAGCUCCGUGAGCUCGAGGACGCCGAGGUCCGCAGGACGAAUGCGUACUCUGGGGCUGUCAACUCCAUCGGGAGUGUGCACCAGCGGAAAUGGUUCUUGUCGCUGGACAGGGAGGAAUGUGGGUUCUUUAGGACGAAGAAGGACGGCAGGGUAUGGUGGGAGCGGCAGAAGGUUGCUGCCGAGGAUACACAAGGUAGUGAUCAUGGUCAAGGCAGACUCCAGUGGCCGUUCUACGUGCGCGGCCCUGGUCACGAGAGGAGCAUUGUCACGGGACGGCUUGGGGCUGAGGUCCUCAGGGAUGAAGGCGUCGUUGGAUAUGUUGGGAGGAAAGGAUGGAGGCCUAUCCUGAGGUGA